GUAGGCCGCUUUAGGCAUACGAAUAAGGACGGAUUCGGUGUUUUAUCAAAGAUGCUCAUGCGCAAUAACUACUUCCUUUCUAAACAACAACAACACGAGCAAGGCAUUAAAAUUUCACAACAUUGUUUUUCACCCUAAUUUGAACUGAACUGUUAUCAAAAUGCCUCAGAAUGAACAUAUUGAACUUCACAGAAAGCGUCAUGGCUACAGACUUGACUACCAUGAACGGAAGAGGAAGAAGGAGGGGCGUAAGCCUCAUGAAAUGGCAAAGAAGGCAAAGAAAUUGAGGGGCAUAAAAGCAAAGCUAUAUAAUAAACAGAGACACUCAGAGAAGAUACAAAUGAAAAAGACUAUAAAAAUGCAUGAAGAGAGAAAAACAAAACAAAAAACUGAUGAAAAUGUUCCUGAAGGUGCUGUUCCAGCAUAUCUGCUCGACAGAGAGGGUCAGAGCCGGGCCAAAGUAUUAUCAAACAUGAUAAAACAGAAACGAAAAGAGAAAGCGGGUAAAUGGGAAGUACCUCUACCAAAAGUUAAGGGAAUGAGUGAAACAGAAGUGUUCAAGGUUAUAAAAUCAGGAAAAACUAGACGGAAAGGUUGGAAGAGGAUGGUGACAAAAGCUUGCUAUGUUGGUGAAGGGUUUACACGAAAACCACCAAAAUUUGAGAGAUUUAUACGACCUAUGGGUCUUAGAUAUAAUAAAGCUCAUGUUACACAUCCUGAACUGAAGGCUACAUUUCAUCUCCCCAUCAUUGGUGUGAAGAAAAAUCCUACAUCACCACUGUACACAUCUUUAGGUGUUCUCACAAAGGGUACCAUAAUUGAGGUUAAUAUUAGUGAACUUGGACUUGUCACACAGAGUGGUAAAGUAGUAUGGGGAAAAUAUGCACAGGUUACAAAUAACCCCGAAAAUGAUGGAUGUAUAAAUGCUGUCCUGCUAGUGUGAUCCAACAAAGGAACUCAAAGAAAAAAACUGAAAAAUAUAACCAAAAAAAAUAGAAAAAAAUUCAAAGAAGAAAAUCUCUGAUUUAAAUACCAUCUAGUACGAAUCAAGACUUGUUAAGAAAAUGAUUUUGCAGCUUAUAAUAAUGCCGAUGUUGUUUCAAUUGUUUGACACGCGUUUCAGUUUAAUUUUUCCUAGUUUGUAAGAAAAAAAUGAAGAAACAGUUGUAAAAUGAAAUGAUUAGCAAAAUGCAAAGCAAAACUGCAUAUAAUCAGUAAAUUUGUUUUUGUUUCAUUGCUCUGUGGAAUUAAUAAAUGUAAGAGAGAUUUAAAGUUG